ACACACACACACACACACACACACAGAUGAUACAGACACACCAUCACACUUCCUCUGUCAGUGUGUGUUCGGCCUGAGAGGAUGGAGGCCCUCGGGUGGAGCUGUGUGUUGGGGAUCCUCUGUCUGCCGGCUGAGGUCCUGCUGCACGCAUGGACAGUUUCUCAGGAGCCCUCCUCCACCUCCAUAAAGACAAUAAACUCCUCCGCUGAGAUCUCCUGCUACACCUCUGUGUCGGACCCCGUUAGCCUGACUCUGCAGAGGAAGUUUCACAGCAGAACAGACGUCAGUUUCCUGUAUUUUCAAAAGGGAAAAAUAGCAAAAAAUACAAUGGAUGUAGUGUUUAAAAAACGGAUUCAAGUAUCUGAACGAAAGCAGCUGGACGGAGGCGUUGGUGUCUCCUUUAAGAUCGAUAUGAUGCAGCUGCAGGACACCGACCUGUAUGACUGCACCUGGAGCUACGUGGACAAAGGGCGACUGGCCACCAACGGCACCAUCAUCAUCGUCAGAGAGGAAGACCCGCAGGAACUCUGCGGAUUCGGAAAUCACAUCCUGGAUCUCGUCCUGAUCGCCUUCAGCGUGACGGCGUUCACCGUCAUCGUGCUCCUCUUCACUGGAGCCAUGAUUCUGAGACACGGACGAUUUAAGAAGCGCUUCACACCGGGUCGAGCCGCUGAGCCCCCCGGACCCCCCCGACCCCCGAGGCCUCAGCACACCUGUCCUCAGCACCAGCCGUACUUAGUCACAUCUCUGGACUUCAGGGGGAUCCUCUAAGAAGGCCAGGGAAGAUGAGAUAUCAACGUUUUAAAAGAUAACGUGAACAUAUUAAAAAAUAUUAGAACAUUUUUGAAAAUAUUAGAAACAUUUAAACGUAAACAUUUGGAAAUUUGAAAACCUGUCCUCAACACACGUACAUAGGGCCUUUCUCAUUUCUCUAAUUCCCCUCCUCGACUCCUAUCCUCGAAUCCUAUCCUCAUGUCUUAGUCCCGCCCACAGGAGAUGCGGGCGGAGGAGUCGAGGAGGGGAAGCUGAAAUCCAUUUCAGUCAGACAACUCACGUGUUCCUUUAACAUGUUUAUUAGAAGCAGCAUAUAGUUGAGUUUGGCGACUAGGCUCGGGCAUCAUCACUCCAUAGAUAAACAUAGCACGAUGAGUGAUGAUUAAAUAACUAACC